AUGCAGUUUUUCAUCGGAUUGCAUAUGCAAAAGUUCACAGCUGAUGAAAUGUUCAUUGAUCGAUUUUACGCCAAAAGCUUCAUAAAUUUUAUCCAUGGGCUCAAGCCCUGCGAAGACUGGUUACCUUUCGAUCCAGUGAAGCGAAAUUACUACUCCGUCAAAGCGAAUCUCAAGAGAAGAAUAUUCCCACGCAACGAAAUGAACUACCACACCGACGUAGCCGAUUAUUGGCUGCUUAAUAUGACUCAGUUCGACAAAACUCUUCCCCAUGUGGCUCUUACUGAAAUGCGUUACGAUCUAGUGGAUAUCACGCCGGUUCAUUCUAUUUAUCGUCCUCUGGUGUCCGCCCUACUUUUCGUACUCACUCUCGCUGUUCUGUUCUUCACUUUUAUGGCUGUCUACAAGGCGCUUUCCUGGCAGCCUUCACUUAAUCAUGAGCAGAUGCCUUUAAUGCAUUGGAAAGCAACUGAGACCAACCAAAGCUGA